GGUGGCGGCGCGCCGGCGGCCGGCUUGGGGCUUCGCUUGGAGUCUCGGGUGGCUUGUCCGGAGGGAAGCGGGGAGAGUGCGGCUGACGGAAGAUAACCCAGCUGUGGUCUCCAGAGCCUGCAAUUCAAAGCCACGUCCUUGCUUCUACUCGUGCGCCCCCAGGACCUGCUCCUAAGCUGCAGCUAACCAUGGGGAACCACCUGACCGAGAUGGCGCCCACUGCCUCCUCUUUCUUGCCCCACUUCCAGGCCCUGCAUGUCGUGGUCAUUGGGCUGGACUCGGCUGGGAAGACCUCGCUCCUUUACCGCCUCAAGUUCAAGGAGUUUGUCCAGAGCGUCCCCACCAAAGGCUUCAACACAGAGAAGAUCCGGGUGCCUCUGGGGGGGUCUCGCGGGAUCUCCUUCCAAGUGUGGGAUGUUGGGGGGCAAGAAAAGCUGCGGCCCCUCUGGCGCUCCUACACCCGACGGACGGAUGGGCUGGUGUUUGUGGUGGAUGCUGCGGAGGCUGAGCGCCUGGAGGAGGCCAAGGUGGAGCUGCACCGGAUCAGCCGGGCUUCGGACAACCAGGGAGUGCCUGUGCUGGUGCUGGCCAACAAGCAGGACCAGCCUGGGGCACUGAGCGCAGCAGAGGUUGAGAAGAGGCUUGCGGUUCGAGAGCUUGCAGCAGCCACGCUCACCCAUGUGCAAGGCUGCAGCGCUGUGGAUGGGCUGGGCUUGCAGCCGGGUCUUGAGCGCCUGUAUGAGAUGAUCCUCAAACGGAAGAAGGCUGCCCGGGGAGGCAAGAAGAGACGGUGACCCGAGGCUGUCCCCUCCUCAGCAGUAGGGGUCUGCACACCCGGACAGCCAGGCGGAGCCCCUCACUCAGCUCUGGGGCGCGGGACCGUCCACCUCCAGGAAGGAUCGAGGAGCACGCUGGGCGUCCUGUUUGGUGCAGCGCUGGGAGGGGGUGGGAGAUGGGAUGUUUCUCACAUCCUUCCCUCAUCCUCACCUUCGGAGAAACCGCGGCUGCAAGAUUGGGGAGGCUUAAAUGUCAACUGUGACUCUACCUCGACCCUGUUUCUUCUUUUGCUCCUCUGGCUUUUUGAUUAGAUGUGUUUUGGGGCAAAAGAAGGUUAUUUGGAGAAUUCAUCUGGGAUGAACGAGGGCUAUCUCUCCCCUGACCAACUCCCCCCGCAGCCCCCCCCCCCCCAGCUGGGGUGUCUCCUCAGGCUGCUUUUCUAGGGAUGCUAGUCACAAUAGUCUUUAUUUUUGUGUCCGUGUGAAAGUGCCAAGAACCCCUCCACAUUUGUAGAUCCACAACCAUUUUUAUAAGCUGUGUGUGUCCUCUGUAUUAUUAACUAUUUUUUAGCAUUUGCCUAUAAGUUAUUAAAGCCUGAUGAUGCUGUAGCUCUGA